AUGGGCCGGGCGAGCCUGUCCGCCGCCCCGCCGCGCGCGCUGCUGCUGCUGCCGCCGCUGUCGCUGUCGCUGCUGUCGCUGCUGCUGCUGCGGCCCGCGCGGGCGCUCAGCCCCCGCAUCAGCGUGCCGCUCGGCUCUGAAGAAAGGCCCAUCCUCAGAUUCGAAGCUGAAAACACUUCCAACUACACAGCCCUUCUGCUGAGCCAGGACGGGCAGACUUUGUAUGUGGGGGCCCGGGAGGCCCUUUUUGCACUGCACAGCAACCUCAGCUUCCUGCCCGGCGGGGAGUACCAGGAGCUGCUGUGGAGUGCGGAUGCCGACAGGAAGCAGCAGUGCAGCUUUAAGGGCAAGGACCCGAAGCGCGACUGUCAGAACUACAUCAAGAUCCUCCUGCCGCUCAACAGCAGCCACCUGCUCACCUGUGGCACAGCAGCCUUCAGCCCCCUGUGCACCUACAUUAACACAGCAAACUUCACUCUGGCACGAGACGAGGCGGGCAAUGUCCUCCUGGAGGAUGGCAAGGGCCGCUGUCCCUUUGAUCCCAACUUCAAGUCCACGGCCCUGGUGGUUGGUGGCGAGCUGUACACGGGUACAGUCAGCAGCUUCCAGGGGAACGACCCAGCCAUUUCCCGGAGCCACACUCCACGCCCCACCAAGACUGAGAGCUCCCUCAACUGGCUACAAGAUCCUGCCUUCGUGGCCUCAGCCUACAUUCCGGAAAGCUUGGGUAGCUUGCAAGGCGACGAUGAUAAAAUCUACUUCUUCUUCAGUGAGACGGGCCAGGAGUUUGAGUUCUUUGAGGACACCACUGUGUCCAGAGUUGCUCGAAUCUGCAAGGGUGAUGAAGGGGGAGAGCGGGUGCUGCAGCAGCGCUGGACGACUUUCCUCAAAGCUCAGCUGCUGUGCUCCCGGCCCCAUGAUGGCUUCCCCUUCAAUGUGCUGCAAGAUGUCUUCACGCUGAGCCCCAGCCCCCAGCACUGGCGCGAGACCCUUUUCUAUGGGGUUUUCACUUCCCAGUGGCACAGUGGGCCCACAGAGGGCUCUGCCAUCUGUGUCUUCACUAUGAACGAAAUGCAGAAGGCCUUCAAUGGCCUCUACAAGAAGGUGAACAGAGAAACACAGCAGUGGUACACUGAGACCCACUCAGUCCCUGUGCCCCGGCCUGGAGCGUGUAUCACCAAUAGUGCCCGGGACCGGAAGAUCAACUCGUCGCUGCAGCUCCCAGACCGGGUGCUGAACUUCCUCAAGGAUCACUUCCUGAUGGACGGGCAGAUCCGCAGCCGCCUGCUGCUGGUGCAGCCACAGGCCCGCUAUCAGCGUGUGGCUGUGCACCGCGUCCCUGGCCUGCACCGGACCUACGAUGUCCUCUUCCUGGGCACUGGUGAUGGCCGGCUGCACAAGGCAGUGGAGGUAGGCUCCACGGUGCACAUCAUUGAGGAGCUCCAGAUCUUCCCACCAGGACAACCUGUGGGGAACCUGCUUUUGGACAGCCACAGGGGGCUGCUGUAUGCCACCUCGCACUCAGGUGUAGUCCAGGUGCCUGUGGCCAACUGCAGUCUGUACUUGAGCUGUGGGGACUGUGUCCUUGCCCGGGACCCCUACUGCGCCUGGAGUGGCUCCAGCUGCAAGGACGUCAGCUUGUACCGGCCUGAGCUGGCCUCCAGGCCCUGGAUCCAGGAUAUCGAGAGUGGCAGUGCUAAGGAGCUCUGCAAUGCGUCCUCAGCCAGGCCCCGGUCUUUUGUACCAGCAGCUAAGAAGCCUUGUGAACAAGUCCAGAUCCAGCCUAAUACGGUGAACACCCUGGCCUGUCCACUCCUCUCCAACCUGGCCACCAGGCUCUGGCUACACAACGAGGCCCCCAUCAAUGCCUCAGCCUCGUGCCGUGUGCUGCCCACCGGGGACCUGUUGCUGGUGGGCAGCCAGCAGGGGCAGGGGGUGUUCCAGUGUUGGUCAGUAGAGGAGGACUUUAGGCAGCUGGUGGCCAGCUACUGCCUAGAGAUGAUGGAGGAUGGAGCGGUAGACCGAACGGACCAACGUGGUGGCGCACCUGUCAUUAUCAACACAUCACGUGUGAGUGCACCAGCUGGGGGCAAGGCCAGCUGGGGUGCACACAAGUCGUACUGGAAUGAGUUCCUGGUGAUGUGUGCACUCUUCGGGCUUGCUGUGGUACUUCUCGUUUUGUUCUUCCUCUACCGGCACCGGGACGGCAUGAAACUCUUCCUCAAGCAAGGGGAGCGUGCCAGUGUCCAUCCCAAGACCCGCCCUGUGGCGCUGCCGCCCGAGACCCGGCCACUUAAUGGUGUUGGUCCUCCCACCGCUCCACUUGACCACCGAGGCUACCAGGCCCUGUCGGAUAGUUCUCCAGGGCCCCGGGUCUUCACUGAGUCAGAAAAAAGGCCACUGAGUAUCCAGGACAGCUUUGUGGAGGUGUCACCUGUGUGUCCCCGGCCCCGGGUCCGCCUGGGCUCUGAGAUCCGUGACUCGGUGGUGUGAGAGCCAACCUGUAGAUGUGAACUCUGGCAGUGACUGUUCAGAAUGGGUCGGCUGGACCUCUGCUCCUUGCAGCACAACCAUGGUGCCUCACCCCGGGACGCUUGGAGGCAGCUGCCUGUGGCUCUUUAGCCAGUAGCAAGGCCGAGACAGCCCAGCCGGCUAGGCCUGCCACCAGUGCCUGGUUGGAGGUGGGGCUGACCUCCAGGGCCCAGGGCGGCCCACCUGGAUGGGCAGAACUCUCUGCUCCUGGAGUCAACUGAGCCCUUUGUUUAAAAGACAACUACAAAUGUGAAACCAGAAUGAGGGAAGAAAGCACAGGCUGCUCCAGCUUGCCCCUCAGGGCCCCUGAAGACUCAUCUGUGGUGGCUGUGUGAGCCAGAGUUGGAGUCCCUCAUUCACCGGCCUCUUCUACCUUCUGCCUUACCCUGCUGUCAUAGGCUGCCCUUUGUCACUGCAGAGCCAGGGCCCAACUCAGGCUCCAGUCGACCAAGGACGUGGCAGUGGCAGCUGGCAUCCCACCACCUCAGGGACUAGAGGGCUAGGCUGGCUCUGCAGCCCUCACUAGACCCUAGGCUCAGACUUAGCUCCCAGAACUUGCCUGCCUGUAUCAGGCUGUGGCCUCAUAAGAUAGAAUUGCGAGCCCAGGAGAAUUUGUGACAAUGGACACUGUUUCCUUUCCUCAAGGAAGAGACUGUUGCCUGCCUUUCCUCACAGCCCAAGAUCUGUGUCCUACACCUCAGUCCCAUCUUCCAUUUAAAACCCAGGAACCUGACUGUACCAGACCUCCCCUGUUCACCCCCACCACUCACGUCUCUCCACUUUAAGGGAUACUGACACUGCCCAGCACAGGAACCCUAAAUUGAUGUGGGUUUUAUAUUUUUUUAAAUAAAAUGCACUUUACUUUU